AUGAACCUGAUUGACUUUGACAUACCCCCAUGCCAACGCCGCGCAGCAUUCCUAGCAUCACCCCGGGAACUUGAAAGUCUCAAAUCCAACUUCCUCUCCGAGAUUAGCGGCCUCAAGGCUUCCCUAAGCGGGAAAGAAGCCGAAGUGCACUCGCUCAAGACGGCGGUGGUGGACGCGGAGCGCCGCGCCGGCCAGAGCAUGGAGCAGCUGCGCGAGGAGCGCUCCACCAGAGAACACCUCUCGGCUGAGAAGGACGGUUGGGAGAAGAGGGGCCGAGAGAUGGAAUCGGUAUUGCGGAAGGUCAAGGACGAAAUUGUCCUAAACCAGAGAGAAAGGGAAGAGCUUGAGAUCAAGCUAGAUGAGAGCGAGAAACGUCGUGAGGCGGCGGAGAUGAUGGCUCAAGAGGCCGAGAGCAAGAUUGCUGGCAUGAAGGCCGGCAAGGCCACCGAGGAAAGAGAGCGAGCCGCCGCCGGGGACAAGACCCCCAUCACUAGCUCCUCGACGGCCAAGGAGGUCGAGAUCGCCGUGGAGAGGGUGGCUCGCGAGUUGCACGCGCUUUACAAGAGCAAGCACGAAACCAAGGUCACCGCGCUCAAGAAGAGCUACGAGAACCGGUGGGAGAAGCGGGUGCGCGAGCUCGAAGCCAGGAUCGAAGAGCUUGCCGACGACAACGACAGGCUCCGCCUCGGCCGCGAUGCGACAAUGACCCGAGUCGACCCGAACCAGGCCGCCAUAGACGAGGAGCGCAAGGCUCAGCUUGCCAAGGAUUCGGCACAGAUCAAGGAACUCGAGGCAGAGAUUGAGAAGCUCGAGGCCGUCGUGUCGACCGUCAAGGUAGACAACUCGGAGCUUCGCCGCCUGCUUGAACGGGAGCGGGUGGAAAAGGGCGAACUCGUCCAGGUCGCCGAGGAGCUCAUGGCCAUGCAACAGACCUUUGUUGCUCCAACACCCGCCCGCGACUCCACCGCUGCAGUGACGACUACGACCACGUUGACGAAACCCGCCGCCAGGGGCCCGGCUCCGUCGGCUCUGAGGACCCCGGCAUCGAAUAGGCACUCGAUGAUCGAGGCGCCCAGGAGCGCUACUAAGUCGGGUCUCCGAGCACCCGGAUCUUACGCCGCGGCCGAGUCUAGAAUCGGGCGUUCGGCCGCACACGAGCGGACCAAGAGCAGUGGCCUUGCUCUACCGAGGCCGAGGAGUGGCAUCAUGAGCUCGAUCGAAAAGAUGGGAAACUACAGGGGUAGGACAGGGGAAUAA